AAUUUCAAAGAAAAUAUUUACAAAUUGGCUUAAAGACACAGUUGACAUUACGUCGAAGAUUAUAGCAUUUGGCUGUGUUACAAAUAAUAAGUGCGUUAAGAUUGACAAUUCCGGUUGUGGGAAGUGAAACAAAAUGCAAGAGCUACAAUCUAAAUCGCCCAGCCAUCUGGUACUAAGCCUGCUGCUGAUCUUAUUCUUCUUCGCUCUGAGUGCCGCACAACACCAGGACCCCCGCAAAAUGCCAGAGAAACGCAUUGCCCCAGUUAUCACUCGCUUGGAGGAGUUCGAGCAGAAAAUGCCAGGCUACCUGAAUACAGGUAAAAAUCUAGCUGUACUCAUGGACUACGAUGGCACUCUGGCGCCCAUUGCCGAUAAUCCGAAUAAAACAGCUAUGCCUGUGGAGCUGGAGAUAAUAUUGCAUAAGAUUGCCAAACAUCCGCAAAUAUUCAUGGCCGUAAUUUCGGGACGUGGCUUGAAGGAUGUGCAGUCACGCGUAAAUAUCGACGGCAUUACCUAUGCUGGUAAUCAUGGUCUAGAGAUAGAAUAUCCCGAUGGCUCGCGCCACGACUACCAACUGCCAGCUGAAAUCCAAAAGAAUUAUACUGCCCUGGUGAAGGAACUGAACGAGCGUGUCUAUAAGAACGGUGCUUGGGUCGAGGAUAAGAAAGUGUCGCUAACAUUCCAUUAUCGCGAUGCGCCCGUAGAGCUGAAAGACCCGCUGAAGAAGUUGGCCUCCGAAAUUAUUGAAAAACACGGUUUCCGUCCGAAUCAGGCGCAUGAAGCCAUUGAGGCCAAGCCCCCAGUAAAUUGGAACAAGGGCGAGGCAGCAUUGUAUAUAUUGAGGAAUAAGUUUGGAGAGAACUGGGAGGAGCAGCUGAAUGUGGUGUUUGCUGGUGAUGAUACCACCGAUGAGGAUGCCAUGAGGCUGCUGCAGGGCGUGGGCCGCUCCUUCCGCAUUGCUGCUGACGCACAGAUCCAGACCUUUGCCGACUAUAGAUUGCCCAAACAGGAUUUGGUCACCGAUCUGCUGAAGUGGAUAGCACGCGUCUAUGUGGUCUAGAAUUAAUAAUUGUUAGCAUAGCAUUGUUAAUUACAUUGUACCUUUUAAACUAUACAUAUAACGAUUUUAUCUAUGUACAUACAUAUAUCUAGCAAUUAAACAGCAAAUGUGAAAUGAA